AUGGUCUCGCUUGUCUCGAACCUCCAGCAGCAACGCGGCAUCACAAAUCCUGAUUCGCGCCCUAACGGCACUUCUCCUCUGUCCCCUAAUCGUGCUGCUCCGCGUGCCAACCAUCCCCCUCGACGCGCUCCGGUCAUUAAUCCCAACCCAAGGAGCGUGUCUGGCAUGCCGGACCCCAUGGCGGCGGCUCCAACUAAGGGUUUUGCUUGGGCGUUUCCCGCAGAUGAUUACGACCACGAAGAGAAGAGGACGUCUAGCAGCGGCGAGUCUAGCGCAGACCGAUCCAACGCCCCUUCGCGUCAAGGCAGCUUCGCGACGUCGGUCAACAGCAGCAUCUUCACCACAGACUCCAAGCUACCACCCGGUCAACAACGACUGAAUGAUGGCACGCCUCCCUACUCUCAUCCUUCAUCAGACGUACUGACUAGUUCAGACAUCCCUAGCACUCAUCAUCACUCCAUGCAACAUCGCAGCGUGACUAGCCUGCAGAAUGUUGAUCCCACCAACCCGCUUGCGCCUGGGAGUGGAAGUUAUAGCAGGACCCCUGAGCUUCGCGUCAGCCACAAGAUGGCAGAGAGAAAGCGUCGUAGUGAGAUGAAGAACCUGUUCGACGAUCUCAAUGGCAUCCUUCCCAACAGCCCAGGCAGCAAGUCAUCCAAGUGGGAGAUUCUCACCAAGGCUAUUGAAUACGUCACCAGCCUGACCCGCGCACAUCAAAGCGCUCGCGAAGAGAUCAGCCGCUUGCGACCUGAUGCAGAAUACUGUCGUCGGGCCCAGGAGGAGAACGAGCUCCUCCGAGCAGAAUUGAACGCCGUGUGGAACGCUCUCCGUCGCGUCGAUCCAUCCAACUCUCAUGUCUACGGAAGUAUGACAGGCCAGUUCGCACAAGGACAACCCGCAACUCCUGCGUCCGGAACCAACGUCCUUCCACCGUUACAGCAGCAGCAACAGCAGCAGCAGCAACAGCAACAGCAAGGGCUCUCGCAACAGCCACCACCAUCGCAGGCUCAGUGGGGACCACCGCCGCAUGGAGGCUCUAUGCAGGGACCGAUGCAAGGCGUCGAGUUUGGCGGUAUGCGGCCCUACGAGCACCCUCACCGUUGA